UCUACAGAGAGAGAGAGAGAGAGCCAUUUGGUGCGGAGGUGUUUUGGCGACAGAGCUUUUCUCUCUCUUCCGUACAAAUGGCGCCGCCGAAGAAUGUUGACGGAGAAGGAAAAGGAAAAGGGAAAGCUAUAGCGAAUACGUCGACAAGAGUGCUUCGAAGUAUGGUUCGGAAGACUCGAAGCGAUACUCAGCGAGAAGGUUCUUCUUCUAAGCUCGUGAAGCUCGAAUCUCCAGAGAAGAAGAAACGGAAGACGACGAAAGCAAAGAGUGGUGGAGCAGCGAAGAAGAAGGUCAAGAAAGAAGAGGUAGCUGUGAAAAUCGAGAAAGAGGAUGAAGAAUCUGCGGAGGAGGAAGAUGAUGAUGCUGCAGAGAAAGAAGAAGAAGAAGAAGAUGAUGACGACUCCGAGAAGAAGAAGAUUGUGAUCGAGCAUUGCAAACAAUGCAAAUCAUUUAGGGAGAGGGCUAAUGAGGUGAAGGAAGGUCUAGAGGAAGCUGUUCCUGGUAUCAUUGUGACUGUGAAUCCUGAUAAGCCAAGGCGUGGUUGCUUUGAGAUUCGAGAGGAAGGUGGCGAAACAUUCAUCAGUCUUUUGGGUAUGAAGCGUCCAUUUACACCAAUGAAGGAACUUAACAUGGAAGAGGUCAUUACGGACAUCGUAGAGAAGAUUAAAUAACAUUGCUAGUAGGCUCUACCAAUGCCGAGUCUUUUGUUUCUUCCUUGACCCUCGGCAAAUAGGCUUCAAUAUCUGACUAUCUAGAGCAACUGCAGGAUUUUUUAGUCUUAAUUUUGAUAUAUUGGUGAAAACCAUUUAAGCACGGUUUCGUCAUUUGGCAGUGCUUGAUCGGCUUUGUGCAGUUUCUUUAUGCUAAAACUUACUGAUAUAUUUGGGAUUAAGUCUGUCUUCGUAAUGCUAGUUUGAAGCAAUUCGUUUCACUUGUUGUUGGAUUGCGUUUGGCGUUAAUUAUGUUAUGGAUUGGAUGAAUGAAGAUAAAACAUUUAGUUACAAUUUGGUAA